GCUAGACCAUCGACUACUACAUAGAUGAGAUGGCAGUGCAGUUCGACGGCCUGUCUUAAGAGCUAGCCUAUAAUUCAAGGGCUCAAAUAAUGUAUGAAACGUAUAUGAAUGACGGAGGGUUUCUUGACAGCCAUUUCUUCCAUUAGUUGGGCCCCCCACGGCCGGACGUGGACCCGACUGGUUUCAACUUCGUAGUCUUCGCAGUCCGUAUGGAGCCAUGUUAUUAAAGUGCCAAUGUUUUAUUGAUGCUACGGAAGGACGCAGAGACAAUGGCUCCGUAACUGAGAUUUCCCCACUCUUGAGCUUGACUGCCGCAAGGUAGUAGAUGAUCCUUUUCCCUGGUUGGCACUCUCCCUGGUGAGCUCCGUGCCCAACUUCUGCGAUAUCCUAGGUACCGGCCACACGCCCUAUGGGAGUGCUGCCUGCUGCCUGCUGCCUGCCUUCCUCGAUCUCCUUAGGUCUUGAGGCGUCGUCAAUCGGACGAAGGUGGCGUAUUACAAGCAGUGGCACCGCAGGUGUAACUGACAGUCAUCCCUUCCAAGUAUGUGGGGAGGCAUCUAGUCGGGUCUUCACAGGGAUUUCGGCGAUCUUUAUAGAUAUGACCGCAGCUGAAGCGGUCGGUGUAGAUGGUACACAUGUUGAUUCGGCUGAAAAGCAGAGAUCAAUUGCAGGGCAGGCAAUAGUUGAUGAUGGUUGAUUUGCGUAAUGAGCCGGUUUGUCGCUAAAUGCACGGAAAAGGCAAAUGCUGGUCUUUGAUGCCCAAGGCCGGAGCUGUCCAGACCAUUAUAAAUACUCCUUCGAAAGCCCCAGA